AAAUCAAAAUUAUAUUUAUAAAAAAAAAUUUCUUUUGAUAUUAAUGAAUGUUGUACUAAUUUGUACCUAUCUCACAUUAAGAAAACAUAUGAUUGGAUGGGAAGAUUCUUCAAGACCCAAAUGAUGGACGGUGAACUCAAGGUUAAAGCGCAGUUGUACUCCUCAAUUAUUAAUUCACUUUAUUCAUUGACAUCUGUCCACCAAUCAUCAUUCACUCAAAUUGAUUGUCCAACCUACCAAACGAAAGGCUCAAAAUAGCUGGAGGCCGGCAGAGUUGACGUUAAGUCAAUAUACACAUCAGUAUUUUGCCUCAUCUACUCAGAUCACUCCAGCUGCCAUCUCCUCCUCGUCCUGUUGUGCUCGAGAGUAGAUGCUUUUGUAUGUGUAUGCGUGUGUAGCAUAUAUAUAACUGACCAGAUUUUUGGAGAGAGAAGAGAGAGAGAGAGGUGGCGAGGGAGGGAGAUGGGUAAAUAUAUGGCGAGGGAACCGUACAAAGCGGCAAAAGAGGGAAAGGUGGAGUUUCUGUCCGAGAAGGGUGGAGGUGGUGGCGAUGGAUAUUUCCUGAGUGAGACGCCCCUGGGAAACAACAUCCUUCACAUUGCAACGAAGAUGCGCCGAGAAUCCUUUGUUGAGAAAGCAGUAGAGCUAUGUCCAAAGCUUCUCUCACGGCAGAACUCAGAAGGCGAUACUCCUCUCCACGUCGCAGCCCGCUCUGGGAGCUUUAAGGUCGUCCAGCUUCUGGUGGAAUCCUACAAAAACACGGCCAGCGCCAGUGCUACUGACAUGGAGCAGGGCGUGGCUGCAGAGCAACCGCCCUCCCCCGCGCCUUGGACAGUCACAAAUGCAGAGGGUUACACGGCUCUCCACGAAGCUCUGAGGAAUGAUCAUCAGAAAAUGGCCCUAUAUUUGUUGGAACAAGACCCCAGUUUGGCCUCUGUCGUAACCAAUGCCCGCGAGAGCCCCUUUUAUCUUGCUGCCGAAAAAAGGCACCUGAAUUUUAUGAAAAAUAUCUUGUCAUCAGAAGCUCCAUAUAGCACAGAAGGCCCCUGGAAUCAGAAUCCCCUACAUGCCAUGGCGCUUAAUACUUUUGAGUCAUCUGCUACGGAUAUGAUUCUAACUCUGUCCAUUCUUCUUCGGGAAUGCUGAGUUGUCGUCGAAAGGCAAACCUCUCUAAGAUUUCAAAA